ACAAGAACAAGAAAAAGAACAACGGCAAAGAGCAGAGCACCCACCACCACCAAUCCAAUGUCCGCGGGUGUGGGUGGCGGCGGAGGUAGCAUAACCACAGAACAUCACAGCCGUUUAUAUUUCCUCAAUUCGCCAACGGCGCCGCUGAGCGCCGCCCGCUCCGAUCCGUUCUUCAUCAAGCCCGAAUAUCUCAACUAUGAGAAUCCCAUGCACCAUCUGUAUCCGAGCAACCGGGGCCUCAUAGAGUACAACAACUAUACGACAACAGUUGCCGCUGCAGCUGCUGCUAGUGCGAGUACAGGUGCUGCUGCUGCUGCUGCCGCUGCUGCUGCUGCUGCUGCGGCGACAGCCACUGCUGCCGCUGCCAACGCCGCCGCUGCGAACGCUGCUGCAUCGUCCGUUUCGGGCGCUGUUACCAGCAGUACCGCCAAUAACAGUACCAGCAAUAACAGUAACAAUAACAAUAACAGUGAGAAUAGUUUUCAACAUUCACAGCAACAACAACAUCCACAGCAACAGCAGCAGCAACAACAGCAUCCACAGCAGCAGCAACAGCAACAUCAACAGCAGCAGCAACAACAUUCGCAACAUCCGCAACAGCAACAACAUCCGCAGCAACAGCAUCCGCAACAACAACAACAUCCGCUGCAUCAUCAUUUGUCGAUUGGGCCGCAGUCGUCGCGGGCGCAGAAAGCAGCGCGUCGACGCAGCAACGAAUCGUUGGAAGCGCGCGAACGUCGACUGGAACGGAACGCGGCGAGAAUGCGAGACAAGCGAUCAAAGGAAUCGGACGCCGAAUAUCGGAUGCGACUCGCCAAGAAUGCCGAAGCGAAUCGUGUGCGGCGCCAAAACGAAAAUGAAGUACAAAGAACCCUAAGACUGAUGAAGAACGCCGCCCGACAGCGACUGCGACGCGCCAGCGAAUCGAACGAUGAGCGCAAAAAGCGUUUGGCCAAAGCCGCCGAAAGGAUGCGCGUCUCGCGCGCCAGUGUGCCCAAGGUGAUUAAGCCGCCGCUCGAGGAUCGCCUCAAGGGUUACUAAGCACCAGCAGACGACCCAGCAUCAGACUCCAAUCAGCGAGUGUAGUGCGUAACUUGUGGAGCUGGCUCCAGCAAGUACCGGAAAGUGCAUCCAAUCAGACACACACACCCCGAACACACACACACUCAUACACUGACACUCAUACACAUACCCCUAUGUAGACAAGGGAGCGAGAAAGAGAGAGAGGGGGUAAAAUAUAACAGCAUCUAAUCAAAGGUAUAUCUAAUCAGAAACCUAGCUUCCAAGUAAACAAACACACAAAACAUACCGAAUCUAAUCAGGAGUAAAAAAUAUCUAAUCAGAAACAUGGAAGCCAUUGUGUAAACGGAAACGCAGCAAUGCAGAAGAAGAAGCAUCAAUUUGUGCGGGCGUACAAGAAAUCUGCAUUAAAAAGAAGAAUAAUGCAUGUAUGACACACACACACGAACACACACACGCACACAAACAUUUGCAUGUAUGUAUGUGUGGGCAGCAACGUCGUCGUUUUAGACAGCAAAAAAAACAAAAGGAAACGAAUGAAGGAAGAAGAAAAAAC